AUGUGCGGCAUUGCCAUAGUCGUCGGUGCCGACGUCCAAGAGCAUACCACAGCCGCCGUGGUUGCAGUGUCCAGACGAGGACCUGACCACGUGGGCACCUACGAGAGAAGAGUUGCCUCCAUCGACAGAACACUUGUCAUGGUCAGUGCCGUGCUCCACUUGCGAGGCACUCAGCUAUGCGAACAGCCAGUCCAUGACCGCCACGGCAACGUGCUGCUAUGGAACGGUGAAGUCUUUGGUGGAGCUAGCAUUCCCAUCUAUGAAAGUGACACGAAGUAUGUAUCCCAUCGACUUGCAUCCGUCGACGACGACAGCGUUUCGGCAGAGGUUGCUGCCACACUUGUCGUGGACGCGUUGAGCAUCAUCCAAGGUCCGUUUGCGUUCGCGUGGCUGCAUGUGUCGACCAACACAUUGUUUUACGGCCGAGAUGGCUUGGGACGACGAAGUCUGGUGGUCCACACGCCAGACGAUGCCAAGCGGUCAUACUUCUUGCUCGCAUCGGUUGCGCUGAACAGUCAACGUGACGGGUGGAAAGAGGUGGCCUGCACGGGCGUGUUCAGCCUGGACCUCAACAUGUUGGGUGCGUUGCCACGGCUGCAUCCUUGGCCUGUUCGAGUAGUAUCCGUUGCCUCUCCCCGAUGCCUUGCACCGCUACCGCCAUCAGUAGUAGCGCUGGGUACGUCGUUCGAUACUGACCCAUUCUGCGACCAUGCCGGCAUGAUGCUAGCCGCCAAGGGGCUCUUGCAAGUGCUCAGUGCGGCGGUGGCCAAACGAGUCGAGUCUAUUCCAACGCAAGGGCAUGCCGACUCUGCGCGGGUAGGAGUGUUGUUCUCGGGUGGGCUGGACUCGGUGGUUCUAGCCGCCCUCUGCCACUUGCACGUCCUGCCAACCGAGCCCAUCGACUUGCUGGCCAUUUGCUUUGACAAAGACCACAACUCCCCCGAUCGGAGAGCUGCGACUGCCAGCUGGACGGAGUUGAAGCAUCUGUUCCCGACCCGACAGUGGCAUUUUGUGGCUAUUGAUAUUGCCUCUCACCAAGUUGCCACGCACCAGCCACACAUGUUAGCCCUCAUGCAGCCAUGCAAAACCCACAUGGAUUUCAAUAUUGGCACCGCGUUUUGGUUUCUGGCGCGAGGUGAAGGCAGGUUGGUCGUGGAACCUCCGACAAGCGACCCCACGGACCUAUCGUCGUCGGAGCCGCCUGGAGUAGUGGAGCCGUUGGCGUUGUUCGAGUCGACAUCCGGCUUCUGUCCGGUUCGCACCUGUCGUCCCGCCAGGAGGCCCCACCCCGGAUGUGCCCUAAACAGCCACCUCUGUCGUCCGUGCUGUACCAAAAUUCACAAACUCGCCAUGACAUUGAAGCAUACGAGUACCCACCCCCAGCAAAUCAUAUCAGCUAUUGCAACGCUGGAAAGUAUGGGGAUUAGUGGCGACAAGUUGCAGCGUUUGCUGGCUUUUGUACCUCUCGACCAACCGAGGGGGUGUCGUCCAGUCACGAGCCUGAAAGCUUUGCCAUCUCCUUCUGACGACGACACCGUGACGCUGGGCGAGUCGUACACGUCCCCGGCCAAAGUGCUCCUCGUUGGCAUUGGCGCCGACGAACAAGUUGCUGGCUACGGACGCCACAAACACGCGUAUGUGACGGGGGGAUGGGACGGCCUUCGCGCCGAGCUCGACAAGGACAUGCGACGUAUUUGGCAGCGCAACCUCGGCCGCGAUGACCGCAUGAUUGCCGACCACGGGCGGGAAGCCCGGUUCCCGUACCUGGACGAAGAUGUCGUGGCGUACCUGCGAAGCCUUCCGCUGGACCACGUGGUCGACUUUGCACAGCCGAGAGGAGUGGGCGACAAGCUGAUUCUGAGGAUCGUGGCGAGGCAGUUGGGACUAAAACAUUGCACGGCGUUGGCCAAGCAGGCGAUUCAAUUCGGCACGCGAAUUGCUAAACAGUCCAACGAGCGUGUGGUGGGACUUCACCCCAAAGGCACGACUGAGUUUACAGGUUGA